UGCGUAUCCAGACGUGGCAACGGCAUCAUGGCUUCUUGGAACCGCUACGGGAGUGGGAUGAGAGAGCUGAAAAUGUACAUAUUCGUCUUGUUGGUGUGCCUGGCGUCUGUGCUGCAGGCGGCGGUGAAGGUCUCUCCUCUGAUAGAGAAGGUCAGCGACCACAAGGACUUAAAGAAGCUCCUGAGGACCCGAUCUAAUGUCCUGGUGCUCUACACUAAGUCAGCUACCUCCGGGGACUCUAAGUUCAAGCUGCUGUCUGACGUGGCCCAGGUUGUCAAAGGACAGGGCACCAUCGCCUGGGUCAACUGUGGGGAUUCAGAGGGUCGUAAACUGUGUAAGAAAGUGAAGGUAGAUCCCAACUCAAAAAGUGGUGGAGCAGAACUCCUGCAUUAUAAAGAUGGGACAUUCCAUACAGAAUACAACAGGCCUGCUACAUACAAGUCCAUGGUGGCGUUUUUAAAAGACCCCACAGGAGCGCCUCUUUGGGAGGAGAACCCAGAAGCUAAAGAUAUUGUUCAUGUAGAAACUGAAAAAGACUUCAGAAAGCUUCUGAAGAGGGAGGAGAGGCCGAUCCUCAUGAUGCUCUACGCCCCAUGGUGUGGUGUCUGUAAGAGGAUGCAGCCCGUAUUUCAACAGGCAGCUACAGAGACCAAGGGUAAAUUUGUGCUGGCUGGGAUGAACGUGCACCCAGCUGAGUUUGAUGGCCUCAAGCAGGAGUACAAUGUCAAGGGCUACCCGACCUUCUGCUACUUUGAGAAGGGGAAGUUCCGGCACCACUAUGAAAACUAUGGGGGCACAGCCAAGGACAUCACUGACUGGAUGAAGAAUCCCCAGCCCCCCCAGCCGAAGGUCCCAGAGGUCCAGUGGUCGGAGACUGACUCCCCUGUCUUUCACCUGACUGACGACUCCUUCGAUGGGUUCCUGGCUGAACACCCAUCUGUCCUGAUCAUGUUCUACGCUCCAUGGUGUGGCCAUUGUAAAAAGAUGAAGCCAGAGUAUGAGGAAGCCGCUGAAUACCUCAAAGACACAAAUAGCCCCGGGGUUCUGGCAGCUGUGGACACCACCAUUCACAAGGUGGUGGGAGACCGCUUCAAGAUCUCCGGCUUCCCCACCGUCAAGUACUUUGAGAAGGGAGAGGAUAAGUUCACUCUACCCCACCUUAGGAGCAAGGACAAGAUCAUUGAAUAUCUACAGAACCCCCAGGCGCCCCCUCCCCCAGAGCAGUCCUGGGAAGACAAACCGUCUGCUGUCAGCCAUCUUGGAAUGGAGGACUUCAGGGAAGUUUUGAAGAAGAAGAAGCAUGCCCUCGUCAUGUUCUACGCACCAUGGUGUCCCCACUGUAAGAACGCUGUCCCUCACUUCACCACAGCAGCAGAUCUCUUUAAAGAGGACCGCAAGAUAGCCUAUGUUGCCGUGGACUGCACUAAAGGACAGAACCAGGAGCUGUGCAAGCAGGAGAGUGUGGAAGGCUACCCCACCUUCAACUACUACAACUACGGCAAGUUUGCAGAGAAAUACAACGGAGACCGAGGGGAGGCAGGAUUUAUAGGUUUCAUGCGCAGCCUGCGGGGGCGGGACCAGGGCAAGAGAAAAGAGGAGCUUUAAAGCAGGGUGUGGAGAGGGGGGAGCCUGUCGUUGCACUGUGACCGUGGCAGGGGCCUCUUAGCACUGACAUCACGUGAUGUCGUCAUGACGUGAAAUCACGUGGGGCGGAGACUUGAGAACCUCAGUUUCAGGGGAGAUGCUAUAUGAAUACGCCGGGUACCUAAAUUGAUGACAUGUUGCGCAGCUGGGAGACGCAAGGAUUCUGUUCAGUCAGUCGUCCUGAUGAGCCCUUCCCAGCUAGCUAGUUCAUGUGGGAAACAGCAUGGCGCUAGUUAUUUCUUCUUUUUUUUACAGAAAGUGAUGUCUAAUUCGAUGGGCGAGGGAGAAAUAACUUGUAGUAUUGGUUACCGUGACAUGCCUAUUAGCUAACGUAAUGACAAGCCUGUGUGAAUGACCAGUGCAACGAUGUUGUCGGUGCUUCCCACUUAGCAGCAUUUGCUUCAUCGGCAGCUGUAUCAGCUAAUGUAGCCAAUUUGUUCCAUCCCACUUGAGUAGGAUAGCAGCCUACACGAGAAAUAAUUUGUAAUAUUGGUAGCAGAGACUGGAACCAAAAUAAUUUGGGUCUGAACAGACAUAUUUUUUUCAUUUUAUUCCACUGUUCCGACCAGCAAAAAAGUUCUGAACCGUUUCGAACCCCCAAAAAAGUUUAUCGUGUUUUUUUACAUUUAGCUCAACAUUAAGUUACUUCACCAAUGGAUAAAGCAGUAUGGUGCAGGCAAGCUAUGUACAUGCUUUGGACAAAGUGUAGUGUAGAGUGACAUGUGACUGAAUUUUUGCAGGUGAGGAGAGCGCUGUGCAUUUUGUUAUGACAUGCAUUAUCUGAAGUAGGCCACAGCAUCAUACCUACGGAGGAGUGGCUUCUAUGAAGGAUCUCUGAGAGUCUUUGAACUUUAGAGUUGGCUUAACGAACGUUGGACCAGAGCUAGCCCUUGAUCAUGACUCUCAGUUCCAUUACACAUAAUGCCGUCUAGAGUUUGAGAGCUUGACCAGAGCUAGCUAACAAGCUGUGUGCAGAGCGGCACAAGAAGUAAAAUUAAAACACAUAUUUUUGUAGUUAAUAAAUGCGAAACGUGAUAAGAAUAAUAUAGUUAAGUAGCAUUGAAAAAGUGAAUCCAUUCUCUAAUUUAAAUGUCUCUCCCUAAUUUCUGAAUCAUGCCUGAGCACCUCUGUCCUACAGUCAGGAGAGAGCUGUGAUCUUGUACUGAUAUCGGUUGCACAUUUUAUUUUAGUGAUCACAGAAAAUGUACAAUUACGGCAUUAUCUACAUUGUUACCCCGAUUUUUAAAAACAAAGAAUUACUUUGAUUAAAAACAGUGAUUCUGAACUCUCUCAAGUCUGAAAUUCGGGGGACAAGUUUCAAAUUCUCGUUGACGUUUCUAGAAGCACGCAUAAACUAGUUAGCUGGGGAGGGCUCACUAGUAAGACUGACUGAACUGAAUCCAUUCGUCGACACUCAACUCUUGUUGCACCACAUGUCAUACAUUUUGGGCACCAGGCGUGUCCAUAUAGCCUCUCCCAGAACACAGCUAUUUUUUAUCGAACAUGUUUGUAAUGCCAGUGGCCACUUUCUUUUUUUAAAUAUUUCAAUGGAAUGAUAAGAUCAAAAACAGAACAGAACCAGAAAGAAAUCAGCAGGAAAGUUUUGCCCAAAUACUGUGACUGCAUUUGUGGAAAGCUACACCUUACUGCAGGGUAUCCCAAACUCAGUCCUCGGGACUCCAAGGUGUUUAUUUGCCCUAGCGCUACACAGCUGAUUCAAAUAAUCAGGCUUUGUGCUUUUGAAUCAGCUGUGUAGUUUAGUGCAGAAAACUAAGUGCACACUUUGGGAUCCCAAGGACUGGGUUUGGGAAACACUGCCUUACUGUAUCUAUGCAAUACCAGACUCUCCCUUCCCACUCCUGAGAAUCUGAUUUGGUGGGCUAGCUGAGCUGUGGUUGUGUUGCAUGUGCCACCUACAGCCAGCUACGAGGAUCACUACACUGCUGUCCUAUCCACCUCGGUUUUUUGCCCUGAAGAGGAAUACGAUCUUCCAAUAUUACGGUUUCAAUAUUUUUGUACAGACCGAUCUGUCAUGUUAAGUCUUGUUUUGUUUCAGGAGGACAAUGAUCUACUAACUAAAAACUGUGGCCUUAAAUAUAUAUAUAUAUACGGAAGUUAAUCACUCAUCUGAGUCAGAAGGAUAGUUGUGAAUGAUUAUAGGCUCUUAAACAUAGCAAAGCUCUUGUAGUGGUGCUUUGAGGCCUGGUGCUUCCAUUCCGCCAUGUGUUGCCAAGUCAACCAUGGGACAAGUAAAUCAAAUCUGACAGGAAUAUAAAGUGCCAAAAAUAAAUUUGAAUUGUUACUGUACAUUUCACUUCCAGACAAUGAUUUACAGAAGCCUCCUGUUGUAGUGAUAUGCCUAGUAUUACCACUUUACAAUAGUCCUGCAUUACUCUAGUGUAUUCCAUCAAAAACAAAGGCUUUAGAAAAGCUAUGGACCAAAUAUGGUCGUUAAUGUGCCGUCUCCUAUUGAACAUUACCUUUUUGCUCCAUCCUUAAAAUGUUUUCAGGAACAAGACACUGUCCCAGUCCAUCCCUUCCACCUUUUGUCUGGGUAGCAGUCAGAACCAUUCAACUCAAUAUCAGUAGGCAUAUGGGAAUAUGAAUAUACUCUUGAACCAUUUUUUUCCAUUCUUGGGACUGAUUUAGACCUGGGACAGCAGGUGGGGGGAAUUCAUUAUCAGUUAGAACCGAACCAGCAGAAGCUGCACCUCGUAGGAUAAAAUUCCAUGAUCCACGAGCAGAUUGCCUCUGUAUGACUGUCUCUGUGACCUGGUCUGGGAAAUGUUAUCCCUUAUGUCCCAGCACAUCCAACUGGAUGACUUCAGAUUUCACAAUAGCGCAGAGCUGUAAGAAAGUCAACGGACCCCCUUAACACUCGGCACUAUCAUCAAUACUGGAGCCAUUACCUUCGUGGCAACUUUAAUGCUGUGUUUUCAACUCCCCUGCUUAGGCUGCUAUAAAUAUUUAAAGGCAUAUCUGUAGCUGAACUUGUUUCAAUAUUCAGGAGUUUGGUUCCUUUCAUUAUUGAAUAAGGUUCUCAGGAUAGCAAAAACACAAAGGGAACUAGCUUGUUUGUAUUGCAGUUGAAUGGUUGAGGUCUAGAGUUGCCAAAUUAAAAUACUUGUUUACAUUUGUCUUGUUUGAAAAAUUACAUUUUUAUAGAUCAAAAUGGUCAGGAAGUAUUAAAUAAAACAUUUGGUGCGCACACACUCCCUGAGCUUGACAGUAUCAUUGAUACCGGAUCAUUACCAUUAUCUUUGUGGCAACAUUAAUGCUGUGUUUUCAACUCCCCUGCUUAGGCUGCUAUAAAUAUUUAAAGGCCUAUCUGUAGCUGAACUUGUUUCAAUAUUCAGGAGUUUGGGUCCUUUCAUUAUUGAAUAAGGUUCUCAGGGAUAGUGAAAACAAAGAGAACUAGCUUGUUUGCAUUGCAGUUGGAGCGUUUUGUGCUCUAGAGUCGCCACAUUUAAAAGAAUUGUUUACAUUUGUCUUGUAUGAAAUGUAUAGAUUAAAAUGGUCGUUUACAUUUCCUGUGCUGAAUCAUGGCAGGAAGUAUAUUUUUUUUUUAACAUUGCCCAUAUGGGAGUUAAUGAACUAAUACAUUGUUUGGUCUUCUAAAUGGGCUACUUCCAAAUUAGGUCAGUCUGGAAUGACUGCUGACUGACAGAACAAUAUCUCCAUUUAAUGUUACCAUUACAUUUCUGGAACAUGCAAAACUAACUGCAUCAGUGUUGGAAUACUGCUUUACUGCUGUUUUAGAUGUUCUGUUAUUUUUCUGUUGAUAAUUUUCUUUCUCUUUUCACUAUUCUUUCUUCAUUACAUGGCCUCAGUUCUAGCAAAUGGUUGAAGACUUUACAUAAACUUUCAUAAAGACAACCCUUAUCCCAAAGCACUUCGUGUUGUGUGUAAACUGUCACACCUAUGCCAAGAAGUCAUUGUUGCAAUUUGUUGAUUUUCUGUGCCCAGCCAUAUGUACAGUUUUGCACCUUUUUGAAUAAGGACUUUGCAAAAAAAAAAAUAAAACAUUUCCAAGACA